AAAUCCAUUCCAUUUUCCAAAACAGAGAAAACAAAGAGGAAGAACGGAUUGGUUCGUGACAUCCACGCGCUUCGUUAUUGGCCUUGUCUCUGUCAUUCGUCGUGUUCUCGUGUUGCCCUCUUGUUCCUCUUCUUUGCAUCGCUCGCUUCUUUCUUCGUCUUGUUCUUCUGCUUCUGUCACAUCAACAUCGUUCCAUUUCUCACACCGCUUCUUCUUCCUUCUCAUUUUCCGAAUCACACAUAGCUAAACCCUUUGACCCUUUCACCUCUGUUUUUCUUCCUCUCUAUUCAGUAUAAUUACCAUAAACCGCGAUUAGGGUUAGGGAACACAACAAUGGCUCAAGCGGUUGAAGAAUGGUAUAAGCAGAUGCCAGUCAUUACACGCUCUUACCUCACCGCUGCUGUUGUCACCACCAUCGGAUGCUCCCUUGAUAUAAUAUCUCCAUACCAUUUGUACUUGAACCCUAGACUGGUGGUGAAGCAAUAUCAGUUUUGGCGCCUGAUUACUAAUUUCUUGUACUUCCGGAAAAUGGACUUGGAUUUCUUGUUUCAUAUGUUUUUUCUUGCUCGGUACUGCAAGCUUCUUGAGGAGAACUCGUUCAGGGGGAGGACUGCUGAUUUCUUUUACAUGCUCUUAUUUGGUGCCACUGUAUUGACUGGAAUUGUACUUCUUGGCGGGAUGAUACCAUAUUUAUCGGAGUCUUUUGCAAAAAUAAUAUUCCUUAGCAACUCAUUGACAUUUAUGAUGGUUUAUGUGUGGAGCAAACAGAAUCCCUUUAUUCACAUGAGCUUCCUGGGCCUCUUUACUUUCACUGCUGCCUACCUUCCAUGGGUUCUCUUGGGGUUCUCUGUUCUUGUUGGUGCUAGUGCUUGGGUGGAUCUACUGGGAAUGAUUGCUGGUCAUGCAUACUAUUUUCUUGAAGAUGUUUAUCCUCGGAUGACGGGUCGUAGGCCCCUCAAAACACCAUCAUUCAUCAAAGCACUAUUUGCAGAUGAUCCAGUUGUUGUGGCACGGCCUGCCAAUGUCAGAUUUGCUCCCCCAGCAGUUGAUGAACUUCACCAAGACUGAAUGAAUGAGCCCAAUGGUGAGCAGAAUAGCAACAAAACUGCAAAGCGGUUGGCCUUGUAAUAUAUAGAUUUUGAAACUUUUUUUUCGGAUGCAUUUGUUAAUUAUUAAGAUUUAAGAAUACUAUGUCGAAUGUCCAAAGUUUUAACUGAAUGAGAUAACAGGUUUCCUCAUUUCUCUUUGUAGUUUAUCAGAGCAUCUUGUAGAUAUAAUAAUAGUGUCCCCUUCU